UUACUUCACCGGUAAUUAAAUGUGGUUAUCCAUUCGCAAAACUAUCACUAAUUGUUGGAAAAUGGGCGGAAAUUGAUAUGAGCACAAUCGUGGCCUUCGAUGGUAUUUCAUUAGUCUUUAUGCAUACAUGCAAUUAUGAUUCGAGGAAUCUAUGCUAGGUUAAUAAGCCUAUUAUUGCCCCGUAGCUAGCAACAAAUAAAAUGGACAUUGUGUUUGGUUUCUGACGUUGACGUUGAUUGUUUAAUGGGGCUGCUUUCGUUUGUUACAUCACUUGGCUCAAGCAUUCACGUCGCAUAUUAAUGAACACGUUUUGUUCUGAAUACUCUCACUCUGAAAUCACAGCAAUAAAUGAUGCAUCAAAAUCUGUUGCUGCUGUAUAGUGAUUAGGGAAUACAAUUUGCCAGUGUUUUUUUUCCUUCAAGAUUUAUAUGUGUUAAGUGACUGGUUAAUUUGUGAAAGCCUCAUUUUCUUUUCAUUCGAGACGUCUUUACAGUUGGUUUGCCUGAGGAGUACCCUACGCGUACCAUGCCAACGCAGAAAGUAACUGUAAAAUCCGCCGAGGAUGGCACUCCAGGAAAGCCACCACUGGCAACGCGAAAGAGCAAGAUAUUUGCCAUCUCACAAGCACCAACAGAACCCAGCUUCGGUAACGACAUCGAGAAAGGAAAGAACAAGGUGGUCGAACUGGUCAACGGGAAAUUGAAUAGGAAUGCUAAGGUCAACGGCGCGAUUAAAGAUAACGGCAGCGACGAGGCGAUGUCGUCGCCGAGACCGUUUCACCCUUUUAUGUAUCGUGAUCGUAUGUCAUGGAUCGCUGUUCUAUACACUUCAAUUCCUGACACAAUCGGACUUUCCGGCAUCAAAUACGCCAUCAAUGUCGGCGAGAACAAAAUGAGAAGAUUAUUCUGGAUUCUCUUGAUCAUGGCUGGCUUUGGUCUAACAUGUUAUCAGAUUGUAGACAGAAUCACGUAUUUUCUGAACUAUCCAACAAAUAUCAACGUCGCCUUCGACUACAAAGACCAGCUUCCAUUGCCAGCUAUCGCCAUUUGUAAUAUCAACCCAUACAGAAGAGAUCUCAUCGAAGGCACACCGUUUGGAUACAUGGUGACCCACUUCGUUUGGGACAAAACCUCAUUCGACGUGACGCCAUACGAAGCUUCCUUGAACGGGACCAACAUGACCCAGCUACUACUUGAUCUCAAACAUCCUUUGAAUGAAACUGUGUUACAAGUUAAACUUGGGUAUGAGCAAUUACCUAUUUCAUCCUUUUCAACAAGGUUCACUACUUAUGGAAUAUGUUACACGUUUAAUUCAGGUGAAGAUGGCCGACCCCCAAUUUACAUAAAAGCCUCAGGUCCUACAUUUGGUCUAUCAGUCAUUCUGCACACCAAACAGGAAUGGUACUACUUAGAAGAAAGAGACCGAUUCUCAGCCGGAUUCCACGUUAUACUGUAUGACCGGGGGACCGAACCGGUUGAAGACCUCGGAUUUUCAAUCAAACCGGGUACCGGAACACAGGUGGCACUGAACAUUAAAGAGAUCAAUAACCUAGCCCAUCCUCACGGUAAGUGCGAGGAUAAAGAGCUCGUCAAUUAUGACUACUACGCCCUCCCAGAAUGUUACAACGAAUGUAUGUCAGAUUACAUCGUGAGUAGGUGUGGCUGUAAAGCAGCAGCACUACCAGGAGACGCACCAGACUGUGAUCCCAUACAAUAUUUCGGCUGUGGAGCUAAUUCUUACGGUCAAUUUUUAGAACAGAGGAGCAGUGCAUGUGACUGCCCCACGCCUUGUUUUCAACGAACUUACGACCGUGAGAUGUCUUACAGUAGUUUUCCCUCCAACUACUGGGCCAAUCUUCUUGCGACGACGUUCUUUGCAGAUCAGAACGUAACUGGCGAAUAUUUCACACAAAACAUCGCUCAUUUCAACGUCUUCUUCAAAGAUUUGACGAUUCAAAACGUCGAUCAGAUCAAAGCAUAUGAGUUCUUCAGUCUUAUGUGUGAUAUUGGUGGAUCAUUAGGCCUUUGGCUCGGCGGGAGUAUCUUGACCAUCUUUGAAUUCUUCGAUCUCUUCGGGCACUCAAUUUACGUCUACUCCAGAAAGGCCCGCUGAAAUCCUGCAUCAAUUACAGCUUAGCUCCUAUACAUCACCUGAUUCAUGUGGCGGAUGCAUGAUUUUGAAAUAGGGGAGGCGCAAAUAGCAAAUUUGAAAAUACGGGGGCGCAGGUGACGAUUUCCUCAGCAUUACCCAAAUUGAUAUGUGCGCUCAAUUGACAAUUUUCAGAUGAACAAGGGGCGGACAUACGCACUUUGCGCCCAAUCACUGCACUAACGCUGGGAUAAAACUUUGACAAUGCAACGGAAAAUUCGUGCAAUUCUAUUUUGAAAAGGUAACCCAGACUUUUUUUAAUGAUUCGGAAAUGUCAAAACAAGAGUAUUAGUAGCUGUGGAUUAUUUUUAAAAGACCAUCCAGUAAACAAUCUUUUUUUUUUCAAAUUUGCAGUUAAUCGCAAAACUUGAUAACGAAGCCUUUGUCAUUUUCAUAAUUCGCCUUAAUCAAUUUUUGUUAAUAAUCAAUUCACACUCCCAAAACCAUAUAUAAAAGGCCAUAUCGGCCAAUCAAUCAAUCAAAACCAUUUCAUAAAGAGUGAUCACAUAUCUGAAAUGAUCGAUGAACACCUAGAUGCGAACAUGGACCUAUUAGAAAUAGGUUGUAAUAAAUAGGUCCAUGAUGCGAGUGAUGCGAUAAUAGUUGAUUUUAACGCCACGAAUGUUCAUUCUUCAUCUCAGGAAAUAGCGUCAAUGUGCCUUGAACAAAAUUCGUGAUACCUUCAAAUUCAUAUAGAGGGCGUGCUUUAAGGUGUUGACACAGUGCUGAGUCACCCAAUUGCAAAGAAUUCAAUCUCUCCCCCAUUUAGAAAAUAACAGGGAUUGCUCUGGCUUGCAAAAUUUUAUUCAGGUUUGAUGUGUAUCUGCUAUGGCAAAUGAUUGAAAGAAAACCAAUGUUUUCCUCAUUGACAUUUUAUGUGAUCUAAUUGGGGUGCUUUGCCAAAGUUUUAAGUAUACAAAAAUUUGAAAUGAAAGUUGACUUUCUAUAGGUGACGAAGUUUUCAUCGGAGGUUUGUCAAACUCAGAAAAAAAUUGGAAAAAAAUAAUACUGGAAUUGCCAAACCACAUUGAAAGGAAAGCCAAUGCAUGUUUGAUGAUAAGAUUACACGAAAUGCAUUAUAAUGGUUAUAUUUUGAAAAAGUUACGGAAUCAUCGCCCUUUUUUUGGUAAUCGAAAUAUUGUUUAAAUUUGAUAUAUAAUUUAUAAUUUGAUUAUAAAGGGUUUCUAACCGUUAAAGUAUUAUUUGUAGUGAAUAGAGGACGAAUCACCCAAAACGUAAUCGACACCUUCGGGAAAUCAUUGUGAGGCCAAUUUAACAAUGCAGUUUGGCUUGGUGUAAAAAUUACGAUAAAUUUUAUUUCAUAAAGGAACCGGUCAACAAAAUAACGUAAAAAUGCUUAGAAAUCCACGGCCUAUGCAAUUCAAAAAGAGUACUGUAUCUUGUAUAGGCUUUUACGAAAAUCCGUACGGUGCUCUGGAGUAUCCCCCCCCCUAAAAAUAAAAUGAAGUCGUCGUCUCCCUUCA